UUCAUCCACUUCCAUUUUCUUUCUCCUCUAUAUUCCAUUUUCCUUCUGCGUUAUUUCUCCACUCACCAUGCUUCCAAAGUUCAUCAAUAUCAGCCCCUUCAAAGCUGAACACCAAGAAUUGAAGCACACGAACAAAAGAAGAAAGCAUGAGAAAUCAUUCGAGAGUAGCAGCAUGGAUGUUGGUUUGAGACUUCUCCCUCAAAUCACCAGCUCAAAGACCACAUCAAACGUUCUCUUGAAAUCUGCAAUGAGAAAGCCAAACCAGUUUUCCAUCCCUCAAGACUUCUGCUUCCUUAAAACUUGCAAUCUCUGCAAUAAGCAGCUCAGUCCAGACAAAGAUAUUUACAUGUACAGAGGGGAUCAAGGUUUCUGCAGUGUAGAGUGCCGCAACAGACAAAUAGUUUUGGAUGAGAUGAAGGAAUUAGAAAGCUCAACCAAGCAAAUGGUAGCAUCUUACAGACAAUGUUGCAGUGAGGCACGUCAAGAGACUCGCCUUAUACUGAAGGACCUUCGAAUGCAGAGACUCAAAUCUAGAGUCUGAACAAAAUCCUUAUCAGUAUAAUGAAAACCAUUGGAAAUAAUUUUUGUAGAUUUGCUGCAUAACUAUAUGAAACAUGUUAUACAGUUCUUCUUUGUUUUUGAGAA